CCUUCUGUCAUGGCAACAUAUCCAUCUACAAAUGCGCGCAUGAUUGGAAUGUGUUGAAAUGGAAGCAGCCAGCUAGACUGAGCUGUUCAUUGUAGCAUGGAAACUGAAAGAAAAUCAGCAGAGUUCGGCCUAACUGAAGAGUGCUUGCUCUUCUUGGAGAGGAGAGAUCGACGGUGCAGCAACCUUUGGUUGGUCACAGCAAUGGCAUGACCUGACUUUUUCAUGAUGAUAUUCACACGCGUCGUUUUAUGACCAAGUGUUCGUUAGGGCAUAACAGCAUAUAUAAGGAAAAAUAGUCGUUACACCGAAACUUGGCAGUAUGGCUUUCAUACUCCAUAUGGCAUUGCUUCUUUUGGAAGAGAUCACAGGAGAAAUGUAUGGCAAGUACAAGCAAGGACAAACAUAAUAGGAGAGGUACGGGUAGUGUACGGAUAGUACAUGGACAACGAACAUGCUACUGAAGUGCUCUAUCCUAUUUUGGGCAUACAAAUCCAAGUUCCUAAUGUAAAACUUAUUUUACAGCAUUUUGUUAAUAUAUGACGACUCCAACUGUAAACUCCAAACAGUGCGAGAAGGCAAAAACGAGAUCAUCAAAGCCGACUUUAACAUCAAGAACGAAAGGAAAAUCCAUCUCUAGUCGUGUCCUCUCCUAACCCUUUUUUUUACAGCUCUCCUAACCUUCUUAUUGUGCAUCAAAGUUUGAGAUUGCCUACCAGCAAAAAAAAAGUUUGAGAUUGCUGACCAGACGUAUGCCAGGCAGCGCGACCUCUGCUACCUUAAUAGCAACAUUUCUCUCUUGAAUCUUAAUAACAAUAAAAAAGGAAGAAGGAAAACCUUCAUCUACUAAUGCCGUUGCAAACAGACACUAAGCUUGCACAUGCACGCAAGAAAUCGUCGUCACGCAACAAUCAAUACCAAGCACGUUGUGAAAAUGUCCUCAAAUUCACGUACGCAGCUGCAUCUCGCACUGGACGCUACUUUUUUUUUUGCGCUGGCGCACAGGACGCUACUAGCUUAUAAAUACCCAGCGCACGCAGAGGAAGAACUCACACACCGCAAUCGAUCACUCGAUCAGUAAACACACGUAUACUGAAGAAAGAAAGGAAGGAAUCCGGCAAAAAUAUGGAUCGCCGCGCUAGCUUUGCUGCCCCGAGCAUCCGGGUGAAGAUCCCGGACCAGCUGCCGACGCUGUUCGAGCCGCAGAAGACCAUGGCGCACGGCCACAGCUCGCAGGCCGGCCACACCCCUGGCAGCGUCAUCCCUGCCGACGACGACGCGAACGCGUCCCCGGAGCGUCGUCUCACGGCGCUAGCGCUCCAGCUCGCCUUGCUCGAGAAGGCCGCGAGCCGGCUGGGCACGCUGGCCUUCAUCUGGGCCACGGUGGUGCUCCUGGGCGGGUUCGCUAUCACGCUGGGCCGGACCGACUUCUGGUGCAUCACGGGCCUCCUCCUCAUCGAGGGCACCCGCAUCCUGGGCCGCAGCCACGAGCUGGAGUGGCAGCACCAGUCCACCUGGCACCGCUCCCGCCGCGCCUCCGCCGUCGUCCGCCGCGCCUUCUACUGGACGCAGCUGCUGUCCGCCUCCGCCUGCGUCUCCCUCUCCCUCGUCCGCCUCCUCCACCAGCGGUACGGCGGCGCCGAGGAAGCCCGCACCAACCGCUACGCCGCGCUCAACAUCUUCUACGCGCUGGCCCUGGCCGAGGCGCUGCUGUUCCUCGUGGAGAAGGCGCUGUGGGAGUACAAGGUCGGCCACCGCCGGGUCCUCGACAGCGUCGCCCAGGACAGCCGCCUGGCUUCCGUCGCCGUGCGCCGCUUCUUCUACGACUCCUACUCCCGCUGCCUCAAUGGCAGCGUCUUCGAUGGGCUACACAUGGACCUCGUCUCCUACGCCGAUGAUCUCCUCACGGCCGGGUCACACGACGAGCAGAGCAUGGGGGCUGGGAUCCUCGUGGCGCUUGCCGAGUCUGACCGCUAUGCCGAUGCCACGCUCCGUAAGAUCGGCACUUCGGCGCCCACGAUCGAGCGGCUCAUUGAGAUGCUCAGCUGGAAGAGCGCGUCCGAGAGGGAGGUCCGGAGAUCGGCUGCGGUCGUCGUGUCGAUGCUCACGGGACGGAAGCUCAUCGCGCUCCGGGUGACCGGCAUCCCGGGGGCUAUCGAGUCCGUGGCGUCCUUGCUCUACGCCGAUCUUGACGAGCUCAAUCUCUUGGGACUCUCCAUCCUCAACAAGCUUGCGCAUGAUCAUGACAACUGCGACAGGAUCGGCAAGACCAGGGGACUCCUCGACAAGAUCAUCUCCUACUCCAGCAUCGACCACGGGCCCGCGACGACACCCAGGGACAUGAGGCUCAAGGCCGUGAAGCAGUCGCUGCGCGUGGUGAAGAGGCUGGCUGGAACCACGGGGAACACCGGGAAGCUGCUCCGGAGGGAGCUCACCGACAUCGUCUUCACUGUGAGCAACAUCAGGGAGGUGCUGCAGCGGCGCGACCUCAAGGUCCGGUCCGAGCUUCACCAGCUGGGGGUCGAGAUACUGACGAGCCUCGCCAUGGAGGAGGAGGCCAGGGAGAUCAUCGGCAGCACGGGCGGCGUCGUCAACGUGCUCGUCGCCAUGUUCUUGCCAUCAGAGUUCAGCAAUGGCGCCGACGGAGCUCGAGGUUGUCUGCAGGUGGACGCGGUCCGGGUGGAGGCCGGCGAGGCGCUGGCGAUGCUGGCGCUGGAGAGCAAGAGGAACUGCGGCGCCAUCAUAAUGGCCAUGGGCGGGGGCGUGGGGCGGCUCGUCGAGGCGCUGAACGACCCGGUCGCCAUCGUCGGCGCCGCGAGGAUCCUGCGCAACCUCUGCUCUUACUCCGGGGACGAAUGGCGGCUCCCGCUGAGAGAAGUCACGGCCGGCGCCACCAAGGUGCUCAAGACGAUCAUGGCGGAGAAAGGGAAGAUCCUCAACAUCUUCCUGGGCCUGGCGGCCCAGAUGCUCCGGUUCAUGGAGCCGUGUGAGCUGCGGGCGAGCCUGGCCACGGCGAGAGUGGCGGAAGGCGUGCUGGCAAGGACGCUGGUGCAGGUGCUGAGGGAGUACAGCAGGCCGUCCAUGGACGUGCCCCGGGUCCGCCGGUACGCCAUCGAGCUCGCCGUCGCCUUGAUGCGGUCGGACCCGGCGCGCUACGUGGCGCUGUUCGUCGAGUUUGGGCUGGAGGGCGAGCUGAGGCGCGUCGCGGGGACGACAUCGCAGCUCGAGUGCUUCAACGUCUUCUCCGGCAGCGUUGGGCUCAGCCGCCGCGCCAGCAGCGUCUGCUCGCUCGUCGCGUCCGCCUUGGAGCUCAUGAAGAAGCAGCAGAGCUCAAACAAAAACCUGAACUGAAACUGGAGGAGGCUGGCUCAAAAAAACUGAAACGACGUACUCCUACGUUUAUAUUUCUGGUUUUAUUACCCAGUACAAGUUCGUGUAAAACUCUAUGUACUCGUUGUUUACAUGGCGUGCUGUUUUAACGCAACAGCACGUACGUUUCUAGUACUGUAUUAUGCAAUCAUAUAGCAAAUCAAUAAAGUCGAGCAAGUACGAAGUUUGUAUUAUGUCGAAAGAAGAACGGCUCUAUGAACUUAAAACUCAGAACCCAUCC